GGGUAUUGUUUGUAAGCAACAGCUAGUAAAUUCUUGCAGUAAUUAAUGGAGUUAAUUAGCAAAGCUGUGUGUGACAGCAUCUUCAUUGCAGGUGGGGACCUGUAUGACCCUAUAUGCAAGGUCAGGCAAUGUGUGGCUAAGGAUGAGGUUUAACGUUCAUAAAAGAAGGGAAUCUGCUGUAAAUAUAAACUUCAUGCUAUAAGGUGCCAUGUUUAAAGAAGCAGGUGGGAAUGUCAUUUUUGGUCUAAUCUGACUAGCUUCCUGAAGGGCUUGUGUUGAGUGCAGCAACAGAAAGGAGCAUCUUACUUUAAUACCACUGCUUGCAAUUGGUGGGGUAGAAAAAUGCUGUUUUUCCUCUGUCUGUUUUCAAAUGACCAGAGAUGGGUAAAGGACGUGGGUGUAUGUUUGGAGACAGAGCCAGAGACGAAAUUGGAUUGAUACCCUGUCCUGAAGCCAGGUAUAACCGGAGCCCUAUCGUCCUGGUAGAAAACAAGCUUGGUGUGGAGAGUUGGUGUGUCAAGUUUCUUUUGCCGUAUGUCCACAAUAAACUUCUCCUCUACAGACAAAGAAAACAAUGGCUGAACAAAGAUGAGCUGAUAGAUGUCACGUGUACCCUGCUGCUGUUGAACCCUGACUUCACCACUGCUUGGAAUGUGAGGAAAGAAUUAAUACUGUCUGGCACUUUGAAUCCACUUAAAGAUUUGCAUCUUGGAAAACUGGCGUUAACCAAGUUUCCAAAGAGUCCAGAAACAUGGAUUCAUAGACGAUGGGUGCUGCAACAACUCAUUCAGGAGAACUCCUUGCCCAGUCUUGUGACUAAAGGAAACUUGGGAGCAGCACCUGUGGAGAGAAUUCACCGACUAGUGCAGGAAGAAAUGAAUGUCUGCUCUGAAGCUGCUGGGAGAUACCCAAGCAACUACAAUGCCUGGUCCCAUCGCAUCUGGGUUUUACAGCAUUUGGGAAAGCUGACUGUCAAGGUUCUCCUUGAUGAACUUUCAUCCACCAAGUAUUGGGUAUCCAUGCAUGUCUCAGACCAUAGUGGAUUUCAUUACCGCCAGUUCUUACUCAAUUCAUUGAUAGGCAGAACUGUGACUGACAAUAAUUUACUGUUACAAAAUCGGAUGGUAAAUGUGCAAAACCCUAGCCUUCUAAAGGAGGAAGAGAGUGCAGGGGCAGCAGCUGCCUGUGCAGAGGAUCAGAGCGUGGAUCUCCCCCGCUGUUUAGAGGAAGAGUUGGAGCUCUGCACUGAACUGAUUGAUACUUACCCAGGGCAUGAAACCUUGUGGUGUCAUAGAAGGUGUGUGUUCUACCUUCAGCACCACCUAAGGAACAGACUUCCUCUUCUGAGUGCAGUGGUAUCAUCUGUGGGCAGCAAUGAUGAAACAUUGAAUAAUUCCCACUACAGUACUGCGAUAAGUCACAUGGCACAAGCUAUGGAUGUUGAUGGUUUGAAUGAAUCCAACAGCAAACAAGUUUAUACCCAGGAAACAAAACGCCUGAAACGUGCUCCUGUGCAGGACUCUUUUGGUCCAGAAAUGGAAUACCGGUUCAUUAGUGAAGUAUUAUCUACUUGCAGGGAUGUGGAUCAAGCCAGGUUUGCUACUGCUUAUAGGAAAUGGUUAGUUACUUUUUUAGGUCAGUAAAGAGAGUGUUUAAAGCCUACAGGGUUCUUCUUUUAGUGCAAUAUUCUCUCUUCAGACACAAAUGCAUGUCUUGAUUGCAAGUGUUAGCUAACCAUGUGUUUUCCACUCUUCUAAUGGUCAGUCUUAGAGUUCAUAUUCAGAGUAGAAGUCUGUCACUUAAUUAAAGAACUGGUGUAGUUUUUAGUAAGCAGGUACAGUUUGUUCCUUAAUCUUUUCACCAAAGCAUUCUGUGUCAGCUUCCUACUGUAACGUAUUCUUAUUUCUUACUUCUGCAUUAAGGUGGACUCUGAAUCGUUGGCUUUAAAACAACAACAAUAACAACGAAGUGUGAGAGAAAAAAAAGUCUGAAAUGCUUUUGAAACAGUGUCUGGGAAAAGGGUAAGAGGAUCUGUCUGUAUCACCUAAACGUGUUUCCAGGUUGAUCCUCUUUGCUAUAGUGGCACCUUGCUAAUACUUUAUUGGAUUCAAACUGUAUUUGGUGAGUGCUAUUACUUUUGUUUUAGCAACCUUUGGUAGAACACCAGACUGCAGUGUUUCUUUCUCAAGGCUCUAGUAAUGGUAUUGGAGCCUUCUACUAUGGUAACUGGGUUUUUGUUUGCUUACUAGUUCUUACAUUAUUUUGAUAAGAAAGUCUAUGAAGUUGAAAUCAUGAAAAGCAGAUACAGGAAAAUGUGGCAGAAAAUAGUUCAAACACAUGUUCACACUUACAUGCAGAGCUGUAUUUGAAAAUAAUUUUCUUAAACUGCUUUACCUUCAUUACCUACUUGGUAUUUAUUUAUUUAUUUUAUCUCAACAAUCCAGAAUUAAUGACACUCAACACACAUUUCUGAAUUUAUUAUGUACACUACAGACUCUCAGCCUGCUAAAUCACAUAUUGCUAACUUGUCCUUGACUAAGACCACGUAAGUAAAAUACGUGAUGGAGUAAAAAGUAAUUCUUCUGGUCACCGUACAAUCCCAAAAGUAGUCACCAGGAGGGAGCUAUCUCUUCACUUUUGUUCUCUUGGAGAGCUUCAGUCUUUGUUGGAUUGUUUUUGCAUUUUUGUUCUGGAUUGUUUGGGGUUUUUUGUUUUUGUUUUUGUUUUUUUUACUCUUCCUUAAAAGCACUUCUCCCACCAUACAUCUCUGUUUACGUAACUGUAAACUUUAAGGGAAUUUGAAACAUGUUUCUAGUCCAGUGAAACUAAACAUGAAUGGUUUAUUUUGUCAUUUUCUUGGAACUUGUCUAUAUAAGGGAUUUUUUUUACACUAACUGAAUGAAUUGUGCUUGUCCAAAGACCCAGGGGAUAAACUUUGUACAACUGUGUAAGUUUGUGUAAUGGCAACGUCACCUGUGUUCCAAGCAGACUGUUCACUGGGGAUUCGAUUUUCAAGCUAGACUCUUCGCCAAAAUUGCUGUAUAUUUCUCCUGCCCAAAGUGCCUCCUGACAGUGCUGUUUCAAGCUGCUGUUUCUGACGGGUAGAGAGAGCAACAAUGAGGGAUUAAAAAAACAUAAGGUAUUAUUUGGAAAGAAAAAAGGCACUUGAAAUGUGCAGUUCCAACAGUUCUAAAAAAUUUGAUGGAUGGGGGUUACUCUUGCAUUUCAGAAUGAACAUAGGCCACCUCUAGUCUUGGAGAUUAUGUUCAUAACUCAUUUCAGGCACCAGAGUAG